UCCUUCUGCUUAGCCAAGUUUCUCCAUAAAAUUCAGCACCUUUUUUCUGGCCAAGAUUCUCUGUAAACUUCUUUUUGGCUGGUCUACUUGUAGAUUUAAAUCCUAAACUUCCUCUGGACAUUGGUAUGGUCAAAUCUUCUAGUUGUGUAGAAGAUACCCUUUUGUGGGCUCAGGUUUCUUUGUAGACAUAAAGUCGACACUUCCUUGGGACAUUUGAGAUGUUGGAUCUUCUAGUUAUGUUGAAGAUAUUCCCUUCUGACUCUUCUGGAAUGAUCAUGACCCUAUUGUCUGGUCAGGUUUCUUUGUAGAUAGAAAGUCUACACCCCAUUAAGAGAUUUGUUACGCUAAAUCUUCUAGUUGCGUUGAAGAUGCCCCUUCCGGCUCUUCUUCAGAAACGUGCCAAUGCCCUACAGAGACAGCUCCUGUCCAUCACCCUUCUUCAAGAACUGGAAGACUUCCUAAAGAGGCAGGGGCUUCAGAAAUCUGCUGGGCAACAGCCAAACUUCAGCAAUGAGGAAAGUGUCUUGAGCUUUGACAAGAAUGAAAACCUUCGCCUGGAGGAUAAAUUUCGUUUGAACGACCUGCGCCUCUUACAGGAAGCCUUCGCUAACCACAAUUUAACUGGCAAAGAGACCAGUCGCAAAGAGGAGGCUUCUAAACUCCAGCUGAACAGAUGUAGAGCUAAACAGAAUGCUCAGCCUGCUGGAAACAUGACGCUCGAAGAAUUUCGUCAGGUUCUCUCCGACCUCUUUGGUUCCGAAUAUUUCGAUGACGACAUGGAACUUCUGUUUAACAAGGUGGACACCUCUUGUGAUGGCUUCAUAGACUGGGGAGAGUUCUGUACUUACCUUCUGCUGCAAUACAAGAAGAGAGACUACAAGAUGACUGGCAAAGUGACCUUUCUCGGACAGCCCGUGAUACGGCUUUGCACCCGGAACAAGCAAGAGCCAACGAGCAGGAUCCUAGCCAUCAGCUCCCCGCCUCCAUUGUGGUUCCUCAGUGUGAGCAAAAGUGGUGUCCUCACUUCGUGGGAUUCUGCCCUGCACCCCCAGAAAUCCUAUGAGAUUGCUUCUGAUUUCACAGACUUGCAAGCUGGGAAAAGGAGGUUCAAGUCUUGGGUGACAGAUGCUGUGCACCUGCCCAAUACUAAUAAAAUCGCUGUUGCUACCACCAGCCGCGACAUUCACUUCUUCGAUGUUUCCACCAUGAACUUGUUUGAGGAGUUUCACCUCUUUGCUCUAAACCAUGUUCCAACAAGUUUCUGUUACUGGCACAACAAAAAGUCCCCAGGAAAUCAGUCCCUGCUUUUGUGGGGAGGAGAUAAUGGAGCGGUGCAUGUUCUUUGGCUGCUGAAACCCCACAUUGGAGUAUUUGAGAAACCAUUUAGUCAGAAUCCAGGACCUACUAAAAUCUACAUUCAGGAGCUGAAAGAUCACAGUAAACUCCUGAGCUACCAGGUUAUUCCUGAUGUGCAUCCCGAGGCCAUCACCAAACUCAUGUAUUGUCCAGAGAAGGAACUCGUCAUUACAUCAUCAGGAAGCUCCCAAUCCUCUGUGAUCAUCAUGGACAUUAAUCUGAAGGGAAAGGUUUAUACAUGGAAGAUAAACAAGGGAGUUCAGUGUUUUGACUACUGCAGGGCCUUCAAUCUGCUUGUAACUGGGGGAUUCGAUCACAAGGUACGACUAUGGAAUGAAUAUGUCCCUUGCCGCCCCAUUGCUGUCCUGCCAGAACAUUCCAUGGCUAUCCUGGAUGUGAUUAUCUAUCAGCCCCUGAGACAAAUAUUCAGCUUCUCCAAGGAUUCUGUGCUAAAGGUUUGGGACAUCUCCUCGCAGACCUGCCUGCAGACCCUGGUGCUAAAGUUCCCCUGUGUUCAGCCUGGGCGGAUCCAAGAGCAGGGCAACUUUCCCUUCCUGCUGGUACCCACCAACCCCAGUAGCUUGCUGGUCUGCUACUCUGACUACAUUGGGAUUCUGAGACUGGCACAGGCGGAGCUCAUGGAGGGCACUUUCUUCACACACAAGGCGCCUAUUAGCUGCCUCAUCUACAACAGCUUCUUUCAGCUGAUUGUAACAGCCAGUGAAGAUUCCACUGUUACCAUCUGGGAUGUUGAGACUGGCACCAAAUCUCUUCUUCUCAGCAAUGUCCACGGGCAGGAGGAAAUCACUUGCAUGGCAUUUGACAAAUCACAUAGGAAACUCAUCACCGGAGCAAGAAAUGGCACUUUAAAGAUCUGGAAUAUCCAGAACGGGCACAAUCUUUACAAACUGGAGCCUGUAGAAGAAGUGGAGAUCACUUGUGUCCUAGCCUUGGAGGAGAAGAUAUUCCUCAGCGUUGGGUGGAACCGUAAAAUUGUGACUUAUGAUAUUCCAAACACCAAUGAGGUUUAUGUGCCAGCCAAUGACUCAUGGAAAGGAGGACAAGUGCACCAAGAGGACAUCCUGACUGCUGAUCUCUGUCCAUCCCUGGGGCUCCUCGCUACAGCCAGCUUUGAUGGAGAGAUCAUUCUGUGGAAUGUAGAGACUCAGAGACUGUAUCUUUAUCUGCGCCAGUGUCCUCCAACAAGGGCAUCCACUCGGCCUCACGUGAGCUCCAAGGAAGUCAGUAAGGCUGUACCUCGGCCAGUCAGUAAACACCAGCAGAAUAGGGAGAUCUGGAUGUGUAGGUCUCAGCCACCUGUGGAUAAACUCUUCUUCCUCCAUAAACGUUCAGCUAAAAGAGAAGCUGCAGUUCUGAUCAGUUCGGAGGCUGGGACUCUACGUUGGUGGAGUGUGAUCAAUGGUGGACAAGAAUUGGGGCAUUUCUAUGCCCCCAGUGAACCAGACAACUCUGUAUUUGGGUUAUCGAGUGACAAGGCAAACAGUGUUCUGGUAUCAGGAGACACUCUGGGGUUGGUGCAGGUGUGGGAUAUUUCCAGUUAUGGGCUACAGGCAACAGACCAGACCUACAACUGUAGACCACCCCUACUUUACUCCUGGGUGGCCCAUGAGAGUGCCGUGGUUAGUGUGGAACAUCUCCUGUACAACUCGGAACCAUUCAUUGCCAGCGGCUCCUCCGACAAAACAGCCAAACUCUGGACAGUGGAUGGGAAGCACGUGGGAACAUUUGGCCAAUCCAAGUGCUGGAAACUAAAUAACCACUCCACGUUCCAGGACAGCAGGUUGGAGGAUUCUGGCAAACACAUGGAGGGAAGUGAAGAAAACAGCCCCCAGGGAGUAGACAAACUAGAACACUCAGCACCCCAGAGAGAGGAGAUCCAGCCUGUAAUAAAUGAAAUACAGGAGGUGAAUAGAGAGGAUAAAGCUUUAACACCCACCCCUGAAGAUCCUCCUGAGAUACUGAGUCAAGAACAUCCUGACCCUGCAGCCGGAUCAAGCUCUAAGGCUAGCUUGGGAAGUGUGCAGGAAGAGAGCACCAGCAAAGCAGCUGCUAAGAAAGAGCGCAGACAGCUCGUGACAGACAUUGACGUGAAUAAGUGCAAUCGAUUUGGGCAAAUUUGCUCCCCAUUCCAAGCCUUGAUCACUCCUGCUGUACAGGAGAUCAUCUUGCCACCAGACCUGGUCAUGAGGAUGAGAAGCAACAAUUGUGCCACCAGUGACCUACAGGAUUCGGGAAUCAAACAGAGAAUGAAUCCAGGAGAAUUCAAAACACAGGGAAGGAAAAGCUCACAUGCGGUGCAAGAGUAAACAUAGGGCCCAUGGACCCAGUGCUGAGUAACCCACUGUGGGGCAAUAGCAAUACACAAUACAGUGACAAUUAGUAUCAACCUCCAAUAAGAACUGGUAUUUAUUGUGUGCUAAGAUCACUAAUACACCAAAACCAUGCGAUUAACAGAAACAACCUCUA